AUGGCAUCCGUUACCGAUGCUAACGACGAAUUUAACCACCAAAUUGCAAUAAAGCUAUCUAGAGCUCUCAAUAUCCUCAAUCCGAAUGACCUGCUCGCCCAAAGAGUGACGGACAUUGCAAAAACCAACACUUUAGAAGGAUUUACAAAAGGUGCGUUCUCUUUUGGCAAGUUCAAAGAUUCAUUUCUGGCAGAGCUCUAUGCCGACAUUUUGUCGCAUGCGAAGCAGGAAGCCACAGGCGUUGCCCCACAGCCAGUUGCAGGUAUAACUGUGCAUGACAGCGAUGUUUUGGAACCGGAACCAGUUAGGCAAGGCGGCCUCAUGCAAAAGGAUGUGCGGCAUACAUUCCGCCAACCAGCCAAGCCACUCGAACCGCCCACACCUAGGACUUCGCUCUUAGGCCUUGACCGUCUUGCGAAAGAGAAACGGGCCGCUAAUAUGGGUCAUGACGAGGGGAAUAGGAAAAAGGCGAAGUAUGACGAUGAAGCUGUCUUCAAAGUGCCUAGUUUACCAUCGCGAAGUUCUAAUAUACGGCAGCGGGGCGAAGAAACACCUUCUCAUCCAGGCGGGUUGUCGGAAACUGGUCGUCAGAGGUUGGAAGAACACCGAAGGAACAGGGAUAAGCAAAAAGAGGGCAUUACUGCUUUGCAGGGGUAUCGUUCUGACGCACCAAAGGGCUUGGGCGAUUUUCAGCGCCGGUCUAACAGAGACCGCGACCGAGGAUGGGGUGGAAAAAGAGAUUAUGAUCAUGAUUAUGACCGACGAGAUCGUGGUAGACGCGACUGGGACUCGACUCCAAAGUCUGUUCGUAGUUCUGGUGACGCUCCUAGUGUCCGCGUUCCCAAUGUCAGCUGGGAGUCUACACCUCGCAAUUAUCGAGGGGAUGACAACUCGGGACGGGCUGGUGGGCAUAAUAGACGGUGGGAUGCCCCGACGCCUAGGGCGACUAGAGAUGAUAGUCCAGAGGGCGACGGCGCACUGGGGCUCGACGCACACGAGUGGGAAGAGGAACAAGUCAGACUAGAUCGAGAUUGGUACACAGGUGCAGAAGAAGGUGGGAUUGCUGGCGAUGAAGAGCAUAAUCCUUUAGCUCAGUAUGAGGAUCUCAGUAUUCUCAAACAGGCCGAAAUUGCCACCAAGCAGGUGAAAAAAAUAUCCGCCAGACAAGCUCAAUAUAACGCCGAUAACGAUCUUUGGGAAGCAAAUCGGAUGCUCACUUCUGGUGUCGCCACUCGCAGGACGGUUGACUUGGAUUUUGAAGACGAGUCUGAGUCCACUGUCCACGUCAUGGUUCAUGACCUCAAACCACCUUUCCUGGACGGUCGCACUGUGUUUACCAAGCAGCUUGAUCCCAUCAAUCCUAUCCGUGACCCUACCAGUGACAUGGCCAUUUUUUCUAAGAAAGGUAGCGCAUUGGUGAAGGAAAAGAGGGAACAGGCGGAACGUGCUAAAGCCGCCGCAAAGUUGGCAGCCCUUGGCGGCACCUCUUUAGGAAAUAUCAUGGGCAUAAAAGAUGAGGAAGCUGAAGCUGAAGCUGAAGCAGAACGGAAAGAGAAGGAAAACAAAGGCGAGAAGGAGAACUACAAGGGCGAUUCUAAGUUUGCAACACAUCUGAAAACUUCCUCCGGUGUCAGUUCCUUCGCUAAGUCAAGAACGCUUAAGGAACAACGAGAAUACCUGCCAGCUUUUGCUUGUCGUGAGGACCUGAUGAAGAUCCUACGAGAGAAUCAAGUUGUCAUUGUCGUGGGUGAAACUGGAUCAGGAAAGACGACACAGCUGGCACAGUUCUUGUAUGAAGAUGGCUACUGUGCUCACGGUCUUGUUGGUUGCACCCAGCCUCGACGUGUGGCUGCCAUGUCAGUUGCCAAGCGUGUCAGUGAGGAAAUGGAGUGCAAACUAGGCUCUACGGUUGGAUAUGCGAUCCGUUUCGAAGAUUGUACAUCCGCUGAGACGAAGAUAAAAUAUAUGACAGAUGGUGUCCUCCUCCGUGAAUCUCUGAACGAAGGCGACCUCGAUCGGUACAGCGUCAUAAUUCUCGACGAGGCGCACGAACGAUCCCUCAGUACUGACGUCUUAAUGGGUCUUCUACGUAAAAUUCUUUCACGCCGGAGGGACUUGAAACUUAUUGUUACAUCUGCUACUAUGAAUGCUGAUAAGUUCUCCACGUUCUACGGGAACGCCCCUACUUUCACCAUACCGGGUCGUACAUUCCCUGUGGAGAUUUUCCACGCUAAAUCUCCCUGUGAGGACUACGUAGACAGUGCGGUCAAACAAGUACUACAGAUACAUCUUUCGCUUCCACCUGGCGAUAUCUUGGUGUUCAUGACUGGCCAGGAGGAUAUUGAGAUUACUUGCCAAGUGGUGCAAGAGCGUUUGGAUCAACUGGAUGACCCCGCACCGCUGGCUGUUCUUCCAAUAUAUUCCCAGAUGCCUGCUGACCUCCAGGCCAAGAUCUUUGAGGCCACUAGUGAUGGGCGGCGCAAAGUCAUCGUUGCUACCAACAUUGCUGAGACGUCUCUGACAGGUUCCUUCUGCUAUCGGCUGUACACUGAGAUGGCUUUCCGUAACGAGCUCUUUGAGAAUACCAUUCCUGAAAUUCAGCGAACAAACCUUGCGAACAUUGUCCUGCUAUUGAAAUCUCUUGGAGUUAAAAAUCUCCUAGAGUUCGAUUUCAUGGAUCCGCCUCCUCAGGCUAACAUUUUGAAUUCGAUGUAUCAACUUUGGGUUCUUGGUGCUCUCGAUAACGUUGGGGAUUUGACUCCGGUCGGGAGAAAAAUGUCUGAGUUUCCAAUGGAGCCCUCCAUGGCCAAAAUGCUUAUUGCAUCGGUUGAGUACAAGUGCUCAGCGGAGAUGUUGACCAUUGUGUCAAUGCUGUCCGUUCCAAGUGUUUUCUAUCGCCCCAAGGAGAGAAUGGAGGAGGCCGAUGCAGCCAGGGAGAAGUUCAACGUCCCGGAAAGUGACCACUUGACCCUAUUAAACGUUUUCAACCAAUGGAAGAGCCACGGGUACCGGGAUGAAUGGGUGAUGCGCCAUUUUCUUCAUCCAAAGCUACUACGCAAAGCACGUGAAGUCCGAGUGCAGCUAGAGGACAUCAUGAAGUUCCAAAAGAUGGCGCUAAUAUCAGCAGGGACAGACUUCGACAUUGUUCGGAAAGCGAUAACGGCAGGAUACUUCCAUCAGGCAGCACGAGUGAAGGGAAUCGGCGAAUUCGUCAACAUCCGUUCAGGUUUGCCCACACAUCUUCAUCCCACAAGCGCGCUGUAUGGACUUGGAUAUACACCAACAUACAUUGUGUAUCACGAACUAAUUUUAACAUCGAAAGAGUACAUGACACAAGUAACAUCCAUUGAUGCAUAUUGGCUUGCGGAACUGGGCUCUGUAUUUUAUUCUGUUAAAGAGAAAAACUUCGAUGAACGCGGCAACCGUAGGCAGGCUGACCGAGAAUUUUCCAAGAGGGCCGAGUUGGAGACUGAGAUAGCGAGGCAACGAGAAGAGAGUGCCAAGAAGGCUGAAGAGGAGGCGCUAGCGGUCAAGACUUCACAUGGGAGCAGCUCGAAAAUCAUUGUCCCCGGUACGCCCCGACAUUCUGGCAUUGGGGCUGCGUCUCGUGUUACACAGACUCCGAGGAGGAAAGUGGGGAUAUAG